UAAAUAGCAGCUUGGCUUAGCUGGUUCCUCUCUGCAUCCUCCUCAUCCUCCCAACAAUAUGCAUCUUGCCAGAUUGGUCAGUUCUUGCUCCCUCCUACUGCUAUUGGGGGCCCUGCCUGGAUGGGCAGCCAGUGAUGACCCCAUUGAGAAGGUCAUUGAAGGGAUCAACCGAGGGCUGAGCAAUGCAGAGAGAGAAGUGGGCAAGGCCCUGGAAGGCAUCAAUAAUGGCAUCACUCAAGCUGGAAGGGAAGUGGAGAAAGUUUUUAAUGGACUUAGCAACAUGGGGAGCCAGGCCGGCAAGGAGCUGGACAAAGGCGUCCAGGGGCUCAACCACGGCUUGGACAAGGUAGCCCAUGGUACCAACAAUGGCGUCGGACAAGCAGGAAAGGAAGCAGAGAAGUUUAUCCAUGGGGUCAACAACGCUGCUGGACAGGUUGGGAAGGAGGCAGACAAAGUGAUUCAGGGGGUCCAUCAUGGGGUCAACCAGGCGGGAAGUGAGGCAGGGAGGUUUGGCCAGGGGGUCCACCAUGCCGCUGGGCAGGCUGGGAACGAGGCAGGGAGGUUUGGUCAGGGGGUCCACCAUGGGAUUGAUCAAGCCUGGAAGGAGACUGAGAAGUUUGGUCAGGGGGUCCACCAUGCCGCUGGGCAGGCUGGGAACGAGGCAGGGAGGUUUGGCCAGGGGGUCCACCAUGCUGCUGGGCAGGCUGGGAACGAGGCAGGGAGGUUUGGUCAGGGGGUCCACCAUGCCGCUGGGCAGGCUGGGAACGAGGCGGGGAGGUUUGGCCAGGGGGUCCACCAUGGGAUUGAUCAGGCCUGGAAGGAGACUGAGAAGUUUGGUCAGGGGGUCCACCAUGCCGCUGGGCAGGCUGGGAACGAGGCAGGGAGGUUUGGUCAGGGGGUCCACCAUGCCGCUGGGCAGGCUGGGAACGAGGCGGGGAGGUUUGGUCAGGGGGUCCACCAUGCUGCUGGGCAGGCUGGGAACGAGGCAGGGAGGUUUGGUCAGGGGGUCCACCAUGCCGCUGGGCAGGCUGGGAACGAGGCAGAAAAGUUUGGCCAUGGGGUUCACCAUGGGAUUGAUCAGGCCUGGAAGGAGACUGAGAAGUUUGGUCAGGGGGUCCACCAUGCCGCUGGGCAGGCUGGGAAUGAGGCAGGGAGGUUUGGUCAGGGGGUCCACCAUGCCGCUGGGCAGGCUGGGAACGAGGCAGGGAGGUUUGGUCAGGGGGUCCACCAUGGGAUUGAUCAAGCCUGGAAGGAGACUGAGAAGUUUGGUCAGGGGGUUCACCAUGGGAUUGAUCAAGCCUGGAAGGAGACUGAGAAGUUUGGUCAAGGGGUCCACCAUGCCGCUGGGCAGGCUGGGAAUGAGGCAGGGAGGUUUGGCCAGGGGGUCCACCAUGCUGCUGGGCAGGCUGGGAACGAGGCAGAAAAGUUUGGCCAUGGGGUUCACCAUGGGAUUGAUCAGGCCUGGAAGGAGGCUGAGAAGUUUGGUCAGGGGGUCCACCAUGCUGCUGGGCAUGGAGGGGACAAAAUAGUCCAAGGAGUCCAUCAUGGGGUUAACCAGGCUGGGAAGGAGGUGGAGUGGUUUGGGCAGGAUGCUCAGUAUGCCGCAGGACAGAGUGAAAAGGAGGGAGACAAAAUAGUCCAAGGUGUCCGUCCUGGGGUCAAUCAGGCCGGGAAGGAGGUGGAGCAGUUUGGCCAUGGGGUCCACCAUGAGGUUAAUGAGGCCUGGAAGGAGGCAGAGAAGUUUGGUCAGGGGGUCCACCAUGCAGCAGGGCAGGCUGGGAAAGAGGGGGACAAAGUGGUCCAAGGGGUCCACAAUGGAGUCAACCAGGCUGGGAAGGAGAUGGAGCAGUUUGGCCAGGGAGUUCACCAUACCGUUGAACAGGCUGGAAAGGAGGCAGACAAAGUAGUCCACGGGGUCUACGAUGGGGUCAACCAGGCCGGGAAGGAGGCAGAGAAAUUUGGCCAAGGGGUCAACCACGCUGCUGGCCAGGCUGGAAAGGAAGCGGAGAAACUUGGCCAAGGUGUCCACCAUGCUGCUGGCCAGGCCGGGAAGGAGGUGGACAGGUGGCAGCAGAAUGCUCAUUAUGGGGUCAACCAAGACGGCAAGGAGGCCAACCAGCUGCUGAAUGGCGGUCACCCAGGCGGAUCCACCGGCCAUCACGGAGGGGGCGCAACCACAACAUUAACAUCUGGAGCUUCGGUCAACAAGCCCUUCAUCAGCUUUUCAGCUCUAUGGAGGAGCGUCGCCAACAUCAUUCCCUAAACUGAUGCACUGGCCUUGCUGAGCAGACUCGCUUUCCUGCUGGCGUAUCAGCUGAAAUGACUUGGAGGAGCUAGGGAUGGGAGGCGGGUAGAUUUCGGGAGUCCCUUGAGGGAACUGUACUGAUAUUUGUGAAUAAAUAUGACACAACAUGCUCUCA